AUGGAAUGCCCACCGUUUGGAUUGCCCAAGGAAAUAUGGUUGACUAUUUUUGAGUAUUUAGAUACCAUUGACUUGCUGCGUUUUAGAGCGUGUUCGCACGAGUUCAACGAGUUGGUCAAGACACCAUAUAUUUGGAUGUCGAGAUGCCGAGCAAGAUGGGUGAAAAUUGAAGAAGGAGACUUUUUAGCAGGACAAUUGAGUUUGCCUCUUCGCGGCCCGUCAAAAGACGAUUGGUUCUAUUACUACAGAUACAGGAACCGUAUGGAUGAGCACAUUAUGAACUCUCUUUCUGGCAUCGCAGAGUGUGGAAAAUUGGAACUAGAAACAUAUGGAGACUGUAUGAAUAGAUGUUUGAAAUAUGCUGCGUUCUCGAUACCAUUGCUGCGAAGUUUGGAGCUGGAGGGCUACACCGAACAGCGUCCUUUUGACAUCACGUUUUUGGCGCGACAACUGCUGCUGAUGAUGCGACACAAGUGCUUUUUCGAGUUCAUAGAUCGGUCGUUAGCGCCUGAGGCCAAUGAGUGGGUGCAUCAUGCCGAAGAAUCUGUUUUCUUGCCGCUAGGUACCAUGGACCUCGCCUUCAACCGUCUUCUCCCGCACAGAACUAAAAUAUUCAACCAGGUUCAUUCGCAGUUGAAAGAAAACUUUCCAGACAUAUCUCAAUUCAUGCAGCUACCAGACACAUUACGAAUCGAUAAGAUCAUGAAGUAUUUGUUUCUAGCCCUGAACGAAGCCAGAUCAGACCGUCCUCUCCAACGACCCCGUCACUUUUUAGACGAUUUCAUGCUUUUAAGGGUGUAUGCGGGAGAAGCUAAGGGCCAUCCAAUAGUACUGCUGGCCAUUAUACAAGAGGUCUCGUCAUUUUAUGAUGUUGAGACAGUAUUGUGCGAGGAGUUUUUGAUUGUUCGCGAUGCGCGCAUUCGUACUGGCGAAACGUACGUCACAAUUUCGCCAGCGGGAAGCCCGAGGAUCUUCACGAGGAAAAAUUUGGUUGAUUCGCUGUGUCGUAUUUUUCCGAGUAGACAAGCUGUUCUGUCCUCGGUGAUACCCAAAAUGCUACAGCCCGUAAGAACGCAAGAUCUUCUUACCAAACUAUUUGAUGAGUGGUCGCCCCACUGUAAAAAAUCAUACUGGGAUAUGGUACCUGAGAAGAACAUUGAAUCACUACGAUCUUUGAUGCCAUACAGCAAACAUCCACCACGUUGUUCUGACUACGAAUAUUACCAAGCAUACUGGAAGCUUAAGAGCUCUUCCAUCCAAGAGCAGUUUAGAAGACUAGGGGAAAACCACUUUAUCCACUUCGUCAAAUCCCGCUACCCACACGAUAACCUAUUUAUGCAUGCUUCAUUUGAGCAGAUUGGAAAUGACUCCAGCGGCCUCAGUGGUCCUCGGAGCCUAGAUCCUCUAUUUGAAAAAUACUCAGUGAGCAAAACUUUGUCAUCUCUAGUUGGCUCUGUUGUUCGCGAUAAAAGGACUGAUGCUCACUUCAUCUUAGUUUCCACAAAAUCGGCGGAAGGAGGCUCGCAGUACGUAAGUCUUCUGGACCCUUUUGGCGACAUUUGCAUUCUGCUCAGGGAAGAUAUCAAGAUGGCAAAACCGCAGGAAAUUGAUGAUGCGGUACUUGCAGAGCUGAUGCACUCGCUAUCGCUCACAGAACUGGGACUUUUUUUCACGAAGUUUGACAGACACAGUAAUAGGUUCAUUCCUAGCAGGAUGUUUUCAUCAUAUUUGGCGGAUUAG